CAAGAAGAAUCUCGUUCGGGCAUGUGAAAACAAAUCCAUGUCUGGUCCAUUGUAAGAGGAAAGAUGCAGUUUUGUAUUUGAUAAAUUUGACAAAAUACUGAAAGAUUCUUGAUCAUGGAAGAGGAAAAGCAAAGCUUAGACUCUGGCAGUCCCAUGGAGGAGGCUUCAGAAUCAAAUGACAAAUUUGAAAAAGAUACACAAUGUGACACUGGCUUUAACUGGCAAGAUUAUUUAGAUGUGACAAAUUCCCAAGAAGUACCUCAUAGCUGCUUCCAACAUGUUGAAGCUGGCUUACACACAGAACUUGAAAAUGAUAUGAUGCUGGAAGUUCCACUCAAAGAUGACUGCUCACAAUUCUGGCUGGCAAAGGUUGUUCUUGCUUGUGGUCAAUUUUCAAGAUUGCGAUACUCUGGAGAUGUUGAUGAUCAAUCAGCAGACUUCUGGUGUGACCUCUCGUCAAGUAAUGCACGCCCAUUGGGUUGGUGUGCUCAAGAAGGGAAAUCACUUAUACCUCCUGACUCAGUUUUAAAAUUAAUUGGUGACCCUCAACCUCAUAUUGAAAAUGUAAUGAAAACUGCAAAGCCUGUUCCGUCUCAUCUUUUAAGUGGAGACGGAUUUGUCCCAGCUGAUCGUAUUAAGGCUGGAAUGAAGGUUGAAGUGCAAGAUUCAUGUAGUCCAUACAGUUUAUGGAUUGCAACUAUUAUUGAGAAUGUUGGUGGUCGUCUCUUACUUCGGUAUGAUACACCUGAUUCAUCAGCCCCUGAAUUUUGGCUUUAUUUUACCUCACCUCGAAUAUUUCCAAUGGGAUGGGCUGCAGAAAAAGGUGACCCAUGGGAACUUCGUCGACCUUCACAUUUUAAAUCAAGUCAUGGGAAGGAGGAAUGGGAAGCUCUUAUGGAGAUGGCUAAAGAAGAUGCACGCCAGGCUCCACUUCCUAGAGAUCUCUUUCAACACGCCACUGCGAUUACACCUCAUUCCUUCAUUCUUGGGAUGAAAAUGGAGGUUCUUCAUCCAGCAGAUCAUACUAAAAUAUGUCCUGCAACAGUUGUUGAAGUGUGGGGUGAAGAAUAUUUCCUUGUAGAAAUUGAUAGUAUAUCUGAUCAGGUCGAAGACGAACCUAAACAAUCAAUGCUGUGCACUGAAAUGCAUCCUUACAUCUUUCCUACUGGAUGGGCUAACAAACAUGGAAUGAAAGUGUCAAAACCAGCAGGCUGGAAGUGUGAUAGUGGUGAGGAAUUUCAUUGGGAUGAAUAUUUACAACAUACAAGUGCUGUGGCUGCACCUGAGAAAUGCUUUUCUCAAAAGCAAUGUGCCAAACAUAAUGGGUUUCUAGCUAAUAUGAAACUAGAAGUUGUAAAUCCAGUUGAUCGUUCAGAAAUUUGUGUUGCAACUGUUACAAGAACUACUGGGCAUAUAAUUUGGAUACAUCUUGAGCGAAAUGAAAGUGACCACCCUAACCACGCAGUUUCAUAUGACUCCUCGGACAUAUUUCCAGUGGGUUGGUGUGACAGUAAUUCUUACUCAUUAAAACCACCCCUUUACUACCAAAUACCUUCAAGUAGUAGCAAUAGUAUUCAAGGGGAUGAAAGCAAUGACAGAAAAGAUCCUGACCAAGGACAACGUACAAGCAAAUUGUGGUGCCCCAAAAUUUAUUUCAAUCAUAAGUGUUUUUCUGGUCCAUUCCUCUCUAAAAGCAAACUGGCAGGUUUGCCUCAAGCUGUUGGUCCUGGACCAGUUAGAUUAGUGAUGCGAGAGGUUUUAUCAAUGUUAAUUUCUGUUGCUUACAAAUCAAGUCGUGUCUUGAAAGAGAUUCAGUGUGAUGGUGACCUCAAACCAGGUGAACAUGUUGAGGUGCUCAAGGCUAAGUUUAAUCAAACAAACUACAGGGCCCGUGUUGCUAUAGUCACAUCAUCAGAUCAGGUUCCUGAAUUUUGUCAAGAUAUCUGUACUCGAUUGAAGAUGUGUGCUUACCUGUUUGGUCCAACACGUGUUGAAGCAGGAAACUGUCCAGAAAACUGCAACAGCCAAUCCAAGUCCAAAUAUAACUCCCAAUAUUGGUUGAAUCGACAAAAGAAAGGGAACCGACCUGCCGGGGAGACACUGCCUGAGUUAGAAAUUGUCGGUCCCAAACGAAGGAGAGGCCGCAAAAGGAGAUUUUCUAGUAUUAAAACACGCAACUCCACAACUCAAGCUCAGACUUCGCAAGGUGCUGACAGUGAUGCAAGUGGAGAUGAGGCAAGUGCUGAGCCUAGUACUCAGUCUCUACCUGAAGCAACUCCUCGCCGCCGUGAAAUUGUUACUAGAGGAGCUAAAUUAGCCCUGAAUUCAUCAAAUGUAGCACCAGCAAAGCAACGACCUGAACGGAGAGGAGUGAAAAGACAAAAAGAAAAUGAUCAGAACGAAGAAAAAGAUCCAAAUAAGGUGGAAUUACCUGCACCCGGUAGUUGGCUGUACCCCUUACCGAAGAUUGACAGCAAUCCUCAAAACUGGUCUGUUUAUGAUGUAGAAGCAUACCUUAAUCAAACUAAAGACUGCAAACCAUUAGCAAAAAUUCUUAAGAAGGAGGCAUUUGAUGGGGUGUCAUUCAUGCUACUAAACUUGCCUACAGCUGUCAAGCAGCUUAAGCUUAAACCUCUGCAAGCAGUUAACUUAUGCAGACAUGUUGCCCAGAUCAAAUUUAUAUUUUUCAAGAAACAUGUUUACCACAUUGACUAGUUGUUCAGGCAGAUGAUUGUGAUUUAUUUAUUUUGAUGAAUUUAAAAAUUAAUUGUGAUAGGUAUGGUAUGAAUUUUCAAUCAUGUUUUUUUUUUCCUGUGUUCAUAGACUCAUAGGCAAAAAAUAUGGAUUUAGGAAGGAAAAUCAUUAAAAGAAAACAAUCAAUUUAUUAAAA